GCUUAUAUACGUGAGGCGUGACGACAUAUUCUCGCGAGUUGAGAGUUGUGACGUCUGCCUUAGCUGUCCGGAACGGGACUUUUAAACAGCGAUCUGGGACUGCGGGCUGUUUUAAGAAGAUCGGCACUGUCCCGGGAAAAGCGGGACUGUUGGGCGGUUUCAAAAUUGGAGUUCCUACUAUCUUUCUUUAAUCAAAUGGCUGUACUGUGAAUAAUAGUCAUGGCAUCUAUAGAAGAAAUAGCACAUCAAAUUAUUGAACAGCAGAUGGGAGAGAUUUCCCGUUCACAUACAGAAGUCUCUCAGACAGCAUUAAUGGAUGGAACCACACAGAGAAUACAACUUGUACCAUCUGAAUCUAGUGUAUCUGUACCACAGAGGAUACAGAUUGUCACAGAUCCACAAACUGGUCAAAAGAUCCAGAUUGUAACAGCACUUGAUCAGAGUGGAACUAACAAGCAGUUUAUCUUCACCAAUAAUGAUGGCUCACUGCCGAGCAAGGUUAUCCUUGCCAGGCAGGAUUCCAGCCAGGGGAAAGUAUUUCUAACAACACCUGAUGCAGCAGGCGUGAACCAGCUCUUCUUUUCAACUCCAGAUGUUCCUGCGCAGCACAUUCAGAUCCUCUCAGAUACCCAGAGCCUGGAUCAGAAUUUAAAUAAACAAUUUGUUGAACUGUGUGUAGUAUGUGGCGAUAAAGCCUCAGGUCGCCAUUAUGGAGCAGUAACAUGUGAAGGGUGCAAAGGGUUCUUUAAAAGAAGCAUCAGAAAAAAUUUAAUAUACACUUGCAGGGGAUCAAAAGAUUGUGUCAUCAACAAACACUACCGCAAUCGAUGUCAGUACUGCCGACUGCAAAGGUGUAUUUCACUUGGAAUGAAACAGGAUUCUGUGCAGUGCGAGAGAAAACCUAUUGAAGUCUCUAGAGAGAAGUCCUCCAAUUGUGCGGCAUCAACAGAGAAAAUCUACAUCCGAAAAGAUUUGAGAAGUCCCCUUGCUGCAACAACUACAUUUGUUACAGAGAGCAAAACAUCAAGGACAACUAGUUUACUGGAUUCUAGCAUGCUGGUGAAUAUUCAACAAUCAGGAGUUAAAAAUGAGUCAAUACUCCUAACACCCAAUAAGGUUGAAGCAUGUCAGGGGGAUUUAAGCACAUUGGCAAAUGUUGUCACUUCACUUGCAAAUCUCAAUAAAUCUAAGGACUUACCUCAGACAAAUACAGAGUUUUCUAUUAUUGAAAGCUUGAGCAAUGGUGAUUCAUCCCUUUCUGAUCUGGCUCAAGAUGAUCAGUCUAACAGCGAAGUGACCAGGGCAUUUGACACAUUGGCAAAAGCACUGAACCAAUCAGAAAAUUCUACACAGGGCUCAUCUGAGUGUGUAGGUUCUGGUUCUAAUCUUCUCCCCGAUGUCAAUGUUGAGAUUGAAGGACCACUUUUGAACGAUGUUCACAUUGCAUUUAGGCUUACUAUGCCAUCACCAAUGCCUGAAUAUCUGAAUGUUCAUUAUAUUUGUGAGUCUGCAUCACGGUUAUUAUUUCUGUCCAUGCACUGGGCACGGUCAAUUCCUUCCUUCCUGUCUCUUGGGCAAGAAAAUAGUAUCUCACUGGUAAAAGCAUGUUGGAAUGAACUGUUUUCACUUGGUCUUGCCCAGUGUUGCCAAGUGAUGAAUGUGGAAACUAUACUAGCUGCAUUUGUUAAUCACCUUCACAACAGCAUGCAGCAUGAUAAGUUGUCAUCAGAUAAAGUGAAACUAGUUAUGGACCACAUCUUCAAAUUACAAGAGUUUUGCAACAGCAUGGUGAAGCUCUGCGUAGAUGGAUAUGAAUAUGCUUACCUGAAAGCCAUUGCCCUCUUCAGUCCUGAUCACCCUGGGCUGGAAAAUGUUUCUCAUAUUGAAAAACUUCAAGAAAAGGCUUACAUGGAAUUUCAGGAUUAUGUAACAAAAACCUACCCAGAAGAUACCUACAGACUUUCGCGACUACUGCUUAGAUUGCCUGCUCUAAGGCUGCUGAAUGCUGCCAUCACCGAGGAACUGUUCUUUGCAGGCCUGAUUGGCAAUGUACAGAUUGAUAGUAUCAUCCCUUACAUUUUGCGCAUGGAAACCUCUGAUUACAACUCUCAGAUUAUUGGUCUCACUGCUUAGUAUGCUUCUGAAGAGAAUACAUGGACUGCAGAAAAUAAGGAGUAUAACUCCAUGGAAAAUAAGAGGCAAGAGAGACUUCAAGUUCUUUAAAACGUAUUUCUAAAUCCCAGCUUUGAAGAAUACCUUCCUUCUUUUGGUAUUAGCUGGCUCGCUGCAAAAUAGUGCCUUUUGGCAUUGUGUGCAUAUAUAAAGAAAUAAAGCGACAUUUCUAUAUUGUUGUUGAGCCUAUUGUUCCACAUUGUCCUGGUCUUUCAAAGAUACUGAAAGCAGUGCUUUUAUUCCUCUUUUCUGAUGAAUAUUAUUAUUUUGCAAAACUGAAAUUUAUCCUGCAACAAUACCAAGUUUUUUCUUUUUAAGAACUCUUGCGUGGUUACCCUUAGUUCUUUAAGAAACUUGGUGUUUUGCUGCAGAAAAAAAGUCUUAUCGUUUGUAUUUCUUCGAAUAUUCAGUAAGUUUUAUUGAAUUGGAAAUAUUGUUAAUAUUGUAUUAGAAUCGAUGUACUAAACUGACGAAGAAGAAAAAUAUAUUUUAGAGUAUUUUCUCUCCUUCCUGCAUGGAGUAAAAAUGCAUAUCCGAGUUUGUUUCCACACUGUGGCACUAAUCAAAUUACACAAGGCAAAAACGUAUUGUGAGAAUGUGUCAAUAUUUAACAGAAGCAUUGCUAACAAUGUCAAACAAUGUGAAUCAAGGAAAGUAGUUGUUACAUUUUGUGAAAAUUAAAUUAUGAAAAGCAAAAAACUAUCUAUGAAACACUGUACAUAUGUAGAUAUGCCAAUUGUUUUGAUAACGAGACUUGUCCGAAUCCUUCCACUCCACUGUGAUUUGUGUUAUUUGUAACAUGCCUUACUCAAUUGGAUGUAUUGGCUUUCCAUUAACUCAUCAUUCUCCACCACAAACUGACAUUUGUGUAUAUUUUUUGAUAUCCCACUGUAAAAGUGACAACUGUUGAAUGAGAACACUUGAAUUUAAAGAUAUGUUUAACCCUUUUGUUGCUGGGGUUAUUUGAUCUUGCUACGUCCUAUGUUGCCAGUAACCACAAUUCAUAGCACAGAUCAAAGAAGGAAGGGUAACCUGGCAGGCAGCAUAGAAUUUACAAUACUUGGCAGGUACAUGGUUAAAGUGAACAGUAACUUUUGAAAAAAGAACUAAAAAGUGAAAAAAAAAUCAAAUAUUUAUUUAAAUUCAAAUAAUGUGAUGUGGUAUGAAACCAACAUAAUGUUAAGUAUAGCCGUUUAAAUCUCAAUAUCAACUAUGGAAUAUUUGAGUCCAGCACUGAUAACCUGCAUUGUGCCAAGGCUAAUAGAAUGCUAUUUAACAACCAUCCUCUCUGCAAUUAAAUGUGCAGCCACCCAUUCCUUUCCAGCCUCCAUGAUGACUUAUACCGUUACUUCUUCUGUAUGUUGUAUAAUAGCUACUGUAAAUGUUUUGACUCUUAAUGAAAAUUGUAAAUUCUAUUUUGGCUGUAUUUUUAAAACAGAAACAUAUUGUAUCUUUUUAUUAUAGAAUAAAAUUCCCACACUGGA